AUGAUACCAACUCGCACAUUACGUUCUCCUGAUACAAGAGAACAUACCGAAGGAAAACCGGAAGAUGAAGCAGAAAAAAAAUCUGACGAAGUCGUUGAUGUUGAAUCGGCCAGGUUAGACGAAGAGGCUGAAGAUGCAGAAUCGCCGGAUGAACAAGAGGAAACGGUUGAAGAGGAAGAAGAGAUCGACGAAGAGAUAUUAGCAAUGCGGCGCGCGAAAUGGCAACCUUACCUUUCCUACGUUGACAAUUUAGUUUCCAAAGGCCUCAUUCAAGCAGUCUCCACAAGGUUGACGAGUGUAUUUUACGCACCAAUGUUGACCCUUUGCACUCGAGGCCUUUGUUUCUGGUAUCUACUAGCAACUCGAGACGCUUAUUUAGUAUUCUAUUGUCACGAGUACUAAGCUUA